CAAGUUUAAGAAUAUUUUCAUUAUAUUUUAAAUAAUAAUUUACGUUCCUUAUUGAAACGCGCUGGAGCAUCGAAAUUUUUGCGCUGGUGCACAACAUCUUUUUAAACCUGUGAUGUUGCACAUUAAACCCAAUUCAACCAAUAUUAUUGGAUAUUAAUCUUUUGAAAUGGGCCGAUAAAACGGGUUCCAGUUAUUUAUCGUUGAGAACGCUCUUGAACGGAAAGCUUACUGUUCAGAAAAUAUACAGUACUCGCGUAUUAUUCGAGGCUAUUCAAGAUAUUGAAGAAUCUAAAAAUUUAUUGAGUAUAAUAAUUUAAUUACUGCGAUAACAUCGAUGUAACUAAUAAUUUUAAAUUCUCAACAUUAUAUCAUCGAAUUCAGAAGUUUCAGAAUUUAUUUCGAAAUUCGCGACUCUCUCGGAACGUAAAAAAAUCCCGAUUUACUAAUAACUAGUUAACCCCUGAAAUCUCGUUGUUCCGAGAUUUCAGCAUUGAACGUUCCCUAAUCUCAAUUACCCUCGAGAAUUAUUUCCUCGCGAUUCCUCGUAUACCGCAUUCUAGCCGGGCCUGGCUGCGUGUUUCGACCGUCUUUCGCAUUGCGUCGUACGGAGGAACGAGGUCAUUAGCUACGUGGAUAGUCGGAAUGGGUCGUGGGAAAUCGCUUGAGCAGAAACGAGUACCGGCGCGAUUCUGAAUAUGUUUCGAGAGAAGCCAGUCGAUCCAUCACCGUUGCUUCCUUAGGCUCUGACGUCAGCGUCACGAGUGCGAUUUCGUGUUUUUUGCAAAAUACGCGACAAUAUCUACGAGAGUUGUGCGCUACCGAAUGAUACUCAAGCACGUAUUUCUGAUGAUUUAAAGGACUUGAAGUUUUUCGGGAAGGGCCGAGAACGAGCACCAAUUUUGGAUGUCGCAGUCAAUUUUGAAAAAUCGACGGCCGAUUGAUGAUUAUCCUUCGUUGCAUUAAAAUUGUAUCCACUGGAAGGAUACGAUAGCAGUGUAACGGACACUAUAAGAUCUCGCGAUGAGAAACUAAGAGACGUAAAGCACAACACUGGCGAGCACUAUAUCAAGUUUUUUCGUGUACUUUCGACAUCCGCGCGUGUACAUCUGCGCGAACAGUGGAUCCGAUUAAUCAUCCCAUAAAGCGGACACUUGUGGAAGAGAUACUCGCGUAUGAUGGAAACGCGAGCGCCGGCGGAACCGCUGAAAGAAAUUUACGGCAACCGCGGGGAAUCAUCCGCUUCGUUGAGCACGGCGAAUCAUCUGAUAUUUGCCAUCAGAUAAUGCACGGCCAUCGCCGAUAAUGGAGCGCGAAUCCGGCUAAGACUCGCAUCGCGAAGCUGACCGUUGCAGCCGAGGACGGUUCGCCGAACAUCGAUUGGCUCCGGGCAACAGAACGAAUCCAGAUUCCUUCCUGACGAGGCGAGCGCGCCUGAACGAGCUAAUCGGGCGUGCAGUUACAUCUGCGAAUAAUCCUCGACCGCCGCGAUUUUUGGAUCCACGGCGGAGCAGCACGACGAGAGAAGCACGAGAAAUUGGAUUGAAUGAGGAAUUAUCAAUAUUUUAUCUUUGUCGCCAAUUGCGUCAGUAGACCAAUUAGCGGUAAGCAAGCAGGAUCGAGUCGGAUACUGCCAGCAAAAAAAUGCUUGCGCAGAUAUCGAGAUACUUACACGAAUUGCGUACAAUUAUUUGGCACGCGAGAGAAAUAGAAGCGGGCGCUUCUCUUGCUCGUGCUUUUCGAUUUGGUGAAGAAACAUCCGCGAAGAAAGAUCAUUUCCCUCGCACUGGCUGCUAAUGCGGACGUAUCGGAACAACGGUGAUUACCAGCUUUUACGCGGCUUGUAGCUGCUACCGUUACCGAGGAAGAAGAUCGUUAGUAGCGUCGCCCGGAAAUCCUGUGGAAGAUUAAUGAACGGUGUGGCCGGCGGAGCAGCGUCGCGGCGACUGUAACCGAUAAGGAACCGCGGCCGAGGAAAAACAACGUCGCGGCUUUCCCAGUCUCUCCCUCUCAUCUCCGGUCCAGCGAUCGGUGACACAGGCGGGCGGCUUGAUGUUGUCGCGCUUCCUGCAGGAGCUGUCGUCAGCGGACAACAGGAGUGCCGUCGCGGCGAAACGGAAGGAGGAGGGCUUGUGAUCGUUUCGGCAGCGGGCCGAUCGUUCCCGCGCCACAACCGAUCGCGGUAGCGAAGCGGCGGCGAUCGCCACGAUCGCCGCCGAUGAGGGUGGUGAUGUGACGCCGGCGGCGAAGGCAGGCGAAGAGAUGACGGUGACGAUGACGCCGUCGACGUCCGACGUCGCCGACAAGGCGGUGUCGACGGACGAUGGCGGCAGCGGCGGCAUGGAGGUGGCGCGUCUCGAGGCCGUCCUCGCCGCCCUGGUGGAGACGAAGGUGGAGGCGAUGAAAGCGUCGUCGACGCUUAGCCGACGUUCCGGCAGCGCGCCUACCAGUCCGCGUCGACCUAGACUGACCUCGACCUCGACGGCCUCCUCCUCAUUGAAUCAUCCUCACCACCAUCAUCAUCACCAUCACCAUCAUCAUCAUCAUUCGCAGCAGCAACAGCAACAACAGCAGCAGCAGCACAAUAAGAAAAAGGACCAUCAUCAUCAUCAUCAUCAUCAUCAACAGCAGCAGCAACAGCAGCAGCAGCAUCACCGCCAUCGUCGCAGACGUCACGACUCCGCGCCAUGCGGGAGUGAUUAUCUCAACAACGCGACGGAUCAUUCUCAGCACAAGUUAUCUAAUGAAAGGGGACGGAGAAGAGCCUCCGAAAGUCCUCGAAGCCCUCGAAGCCCUCGAAAGAAGCGCAGGCAUUCGAGGAGCCCAAACGUUCUUCAAGGCGUUGUCCAAGACGUUCACGCCGGCCUCGAUUCGCGCUUCGAGCUGCUCGGCAUUGACGGCGACCAAGACGUGGCCCUAAUAAAUUUCGAAAGGGCUAAAGAAGUCCUCGGCGACUCCUGCGAAUAUCCGCGGCUGCACCGAAGUGCCUGCUACUUUUCUCAAAGCGCAGCUCAAUUAAAAAUUCAUUACGACGAUGACGACUACGUGGCGUUGAACGUAGCCGACGAGCUCGAGGAGGAGGAGACUCUGAGCGGACCGGAGAAGGUGGACGAGUCUCAGGGAAGGUAUCACCGACCGCGAAGAAAGCGCAAACGUAAACGACGCAAGAUCGAACCCGUCUGUCCGGAAGAGGAACUCGUCGAUCCGGACGACCUCCCGCCUCGUGCACGAUGGACGAUCGUCGCGACCGCUUGUCUUCUGCUCGCCAUGUCCUUGCUCCUGGUCGGUGUUACGCUGCGAAUGGCGCCUAUAAUUGACGACAUGGUACGAAAGGAGAACGAGGAGCUGCUGAACUCCCUGAACAGAGACCUUUCCGUGCCCGAGAACGUCACGGCGCCUCCCUAAAACGGGGGUGAAUUCUUCCGGACGGAAAUGGCAUCGCUCGUCCGUCAAUCUCGAUUCGCUUCAGCCGCGUGACACGAAAUCUUCCGUCUCGCGAGGAGCAACGACGACACAUUUCACGACGGCGGACAACGUCGUUUAGGAAUCAACGUGUCGCCAACGCGUUUCGCUUCACGGAGAAACGUCCGCGGAAGCGAUUCAGGGGAAGAUAUUCCGAGACGACGACGGACGGUGAGAAAAAUCGACAGGUCUCGGAACGCGCCGCAGCACGCUGAUUAGGUGUAUCGCAGCAUUUUAACGCGACGCUCCAGAGACGCGUUCCUGUAUAUACACGGCGUACAAUGUGUGUCGCGAAAAGUCCUGAUCGCGACACAUUGUGUCGCAUCGUCGAUUGUAUUGUCGCUGCGUACGAAAACGUCGCAUUGGUAUACAUAUAUAUUUCGUAUCGAUACAGACUAGGUGCCCCCAAUUCCAGCAAGCUUCGUCAAUAUGGGCUCACUCCGACUAGAAACACACAAGCGCAGAACACAAUCUAAGUUAUUGGUGAUGCUCGGCCAAAUUAAUCACUGCAACAUCAGUACUUAAACUUAAUGGUGAAAUUUCUAUUUGAUCGAAUAAAAAUACGCUCCGCGUUGUAAAUUGGCGAUUUCUAACGUAGUCGCGGUAAUCAUUUAGCUCACCCAGCAGCAAUUGUCUGAUACAAUUGUCCAAUACGCGAUAAUAAAUGCGAAGCGAUUGAGCAAUUAAGAGCGCCUGAUCUGCGUGGAAGCGAACCGUAACUCUUCAGCAAGCGCGAUCGCGAUCUUUGACGAGUUCGCGCAGUUUCGUUGCAAAUUUAUUCCGACGAUAGGUCGCAUACCGAAUGUCAACAACGAAGGAACGAUUUAGAAGUCACGCGAGGAGAUGCCGUGAUGCCGUAGACGUGGCACUCGGCCGUUCGUCCGUCGGCGAAGAAAUCGGCUGGUACAUUGAGACCUCUCGUCUAUUUACUUCCUCGGAUGUGCGAGAGGUUGUACGUGGCCCGAAUUGGCUAUACACGUGUGCAUCGAUUCGCGUGAGUAUCAACAUGCGAAUACGAGCUUUAUGAGUUUCACUCGCGAUCGUAUCAGAUAUUCAGACAUAAAACCGACGUAGGACGUGUAGGGUCCUCGGUGCUUUUUCACAUGUCUUCCAGAACGAGAAAGAGGGACACGAGCUCAACGAACGGGGACUCUCUCGGGCCGCCGCCGAUUCCUCGCGCUGACGACGGCCUUGUACGUUUUUGUGCGUGUAGAAAGCUGUACAUAAGAACGUUCGUUAUUAACAAUCGUUUGUAGUUACGCACGUCGGGAGGAUAAUCGAGAUAAGAGCCAAAUUUGUUGUUGUCAAUUGUAAGAUAAAUUGUCAUAAAAGAUACCCGCCGUGAUCGCGCGAUAUAGGAAAGAGGAGAGAGGAAAAGAAACGAAGCACUAGAGCGAUCGGUUAUUAAAAUGUGUGUACCUGCGUAUGUGUGCGUAUGUGUGACUGUACAUUAUUACACGAGUAAGGAUACAAUUCACACUUUGCAUGAAACAACCAAAGUAUUUUUAUUCGUUUCACUCUCCGCUACACCGUCGAUGCAAUUUCCUAUUUUGCUUUGUGACUAAUUGCUUAAAGUUUUAUCGGAUAUUUUUCGCUAUGAUGACGGCGAUUCAGCACAAACUUUUUCCGAUACAUUUAACUCCGCAAUCCUUUCCUACGACCACGGGAAAUAUUUGCCGAGCAUAAUUUGAUCCUAUAAAUUUAAUAUUUCGCAAUUAAACAAUUUAUAAUUUUGAUAGCAAAAUUCAUAAAAUUUAUAUCCUUUAAAUUUUGUUAAAUUUAUUAAAUUUUUCUACAACCCCAGUGCCUAUUAUCUUUUAUUUAGAUAUGUAUGCGUUAUCAUUACUCGCAGGGAAAACAUUUUAAAUUUUUGUUAUUGAAUUUUAUCGCGAUUCACGUUUGUUCUGUUCGCGAUUGAAAUUAUUUUAAUUUGAAACGUUAGGUCAAAUUUUAUGUCGUUAAUACACGUGACGUGUCGUGGCAGUAAAAGGGUCAAUGAUAUAUAUACAUACAUACAUCGUUAAAAAUAUAGUUUUUCGUAUACAUAGAUACUAGUUAUGUACCGAUAGAUGCAAUCUGGUGUAAGCUGAAAAAUAACCGUCAUAUUUGGCAACAAAAGUCUCUGUGACACAACAGGGUCAGACUUCAAUAUCGCUAAGGCUGAAAGAAAUUUAUAGGAAAUUCGUGAAAAUCUCUCUCGUCCACGAAAGCUUUUCUCGCGUCGAAUACGCAGGGUAAAUUGAAUCGUUCAGAUUGAUAUAUAUAUAUAUAUAUAUAUAUAUAUAUAUAUAUGUAUGAACAUUAUUUUUUUUACAUCUAUGACAUUUAUCGCAAUGUUUUUUUUCUCCACCCGCUACUGGUGCGCGAAGCGCAUUAAAACGUAAACGCAGUUAUCGCCAUGUAUGCCGUUUUUAUUUAUCUUUCCGCAUGAAUGUGGAAAUGAAUGUGAUAUAUUCUCGUAAACUGAUUUUAAUUCAGAGCGUAUCGGUUUUUCGAGGGAGCACGGCCACAGUUUCGAAUCUGCAGAGUUUCGAUAGCGAUCGCUACGCGGAAAGACUUUUUCUAUCCGACAAUGAGAUAAUGUACGAUAACGUCUAUAAACAACUGUCGGAGUUUACACGCGCAUCACAUGUAUAGUGACACCUUAGCCCCUAAUGCCGUUUCCGCGACAAUGUAAAAUUAAACGCGACGCGGAAUAUCGAGCGCUUAUUAAAGAAAAAAUAGGGAGGGACACGGGCGAAUUUUAGAAUUUUCAUGAUUAACUUGUUACCAGGCUCACACGUAUACGUCGAACGUGAAGAUAUACGCACAUCUUCGAAAUGUUUACGAUCGCGCGACAGAUCGAUUGCAGAUGAGAGGAGGAGUGGCAAGAAGAAUUCUCUUCGUCUUUUUCGACCAAAUCUCUUCGACUCGUCAAUUUCUCUGUCCCACGCGCUACGUGCCGAAUCAACGCGUCUGCGUUGCGCUUCGUUUUCGCUGUCUAUUCUAAAGACAACCGUCCUGAAAAAUUAUGUUUCACACCGCAGAAACCAUUGUACUAUACUUCGCCGAAGGCGCGUUUGAUAUCCUUUGCUCUAUCUAUUAUACGAACGACGGACGGGGCCGGCGAUGCAGGGCUCGAUCGAUCGGCUGAUCGCACACAUCGGACGACUGGUUUAUUAUCGUCGUGGCCGGGAGACGAUCAGUUUGACAGGCUCGUUUGCGUCACACAAUCAAUCGGCAAAACGUAGAUCGCCGAUAUAUCUUUCGCGAUAUGUAUCGCAAUAAGAGCGUAUAAGUUAGGAAUUAUCGAGCGAUUUUUCGGGCGUAUACGUCAAGCUUCUUUUUUCUAGAUAAUAUCGGCAUUCGGAGAUCGUUCGGAGGCACAGUCAGAUUUACGCUGAUAAGCUUGUUAACGUAGUCUUAAAGCAGAGCUCACGGCCGUAGAUCUCUCGCCGGAAGCGCGUACCACGGCCAUAGACCUCGGUCGCCGAUCGACUCGGCGGCUCGGAGGGGCACAAUAAUUCGCUACACGUUGCGCAAAAGCCUUUUUCUAUAAAGAUAUAUCUCCCUUUUUUACCUCCUAUAAUAAUUACUAAUUUCUAGGGCCACUUGGUAGACGUCGUAGAGCGUUAUAGAACGAGGACCUUUUUUCACUAUAAGCCUGUCUCUCGCGACGAGUCUUCACUCCCGUCUUUUUUUUUUUUGCAUAUGCUUGGAGAUCACUUGGCCUAACCCGCGAGAGAUCCGUUUAAUAAGCGAGCUACUAAAUAGCUUAGUAUUCGCGCGCUCGUGGCUCAUACUCGGGGUAUGAGUCUCGAAGAGAUCCCACGAGGGCUAAACGAGCUCGACGAGUAUUCGCGCGUAUAGUGGCCGUUAGAAACUUCGAGGACAAACCGAGAGGAAAAAAAGAGAAAGAGAGAGAGAGAGAAAUAUUUGCGCUGGUCGCGUUUCUAUUUCUUACGACACUAUGAUACCACCGAGGAUAACGAUACAAUCGCGCCCCGACUUGGCACUUUGCGUGACGAUUAACGACUCCCUUUGUCAAGGUCGAUCGCGACUAAAGUUUUAAGCACCCCCCGAGAUACGAGAUGCGUGUGCCAAAGCUGUGCGUGCGUACGAAGGCACGCACUCCAGUUCCCUUCGACAAUCAUAGUGCCGGUACGUGAGUAUACGCGAUCGCUUGUGUGCGCGUUUUUACGAGAGAGAGAAAGAGAGAGAGAGAGAGAGAGAGAGAGAGAAGAAGAGGGCAUUUUCUGCGUCGUGACGACGCUCGUUUUACACGAGCGAUAAGCUCUCCACUCAGGAGUAAGCGGAUUGUUCUCCGAUCGUUGAUCGCUCGGGACCGUCGAGCAGAAAUGACUCUCGUGCUUCUCAUCGCUUCUUACCUUAUAUAGCUUCGAUGUCGUGCCGGCGACACUGCACGCGUCCGCCGGCGGAAAAAUGUGUUCGCAACGAAUAAACAGGAGAUGAGGCACCGAUAAAACGUACAAAAUUUUAACUUCAAUGAAAAAGAAAACUUUGUCUAUACAGUUCAAGUACCAACGGUACUGCGAUCGAGAGAUUCGCGAUUGUGAGAGAGGCACAUAGCUCAAUAUUAUCGAAUUUCUCGAAAGAGAUUAAAAAAAAAAAAAGAUUUAUCUAUCUUGAAUGAAAAAAUUUUCCCGAAUGUUUCCACGCAACUUUGCGUACAUAAUAAUGCCUAAAUUAAAAUGCAGAAAGCAUUCGCAUAAUUUUUUUUCCGUACAAGAGACAAAAGAGUCUGUCUUUACGCUUUCAUUGCGCCAAAAUCCCUUUUAGUUAUUCAGUGCUGAGAGCUUAGGUCUUAAAACAAUCAUUUUUCUUGUGUUCUUUUUUUCCCACGAUGCGACAUAAUCUCUUUGAAAUAAUGCGUAUUAAAUAAGAAACCACAAUUUUGCGGUCUGAAUACAAUUAUAAAAUAUGCACGUGGAUAAUAUGCGGUCUGUCUCUUUUCUUCUUUCGGUAAAAUUGGGCGACGUGCGUAACAUUAAAUAAUAAGCGGGAUAAAAAGCUGUGUGCAAGUUUUACCUUGUCGCUCUCGUACGCGAGGCACGCGUGUUUUAUUCAAGGAAAAGUGUCACGCGAAUCGUGUAUUCCGGGCACGCUGACGAGAUUUUAUGCCAGGGAUUGUAGCACUAAUAUAAUAAUCUCGACCACGAGGUGUGUAUCAUAGCGAGGCGUUGUGAGAGAGAUGUUACAAUGGAUGAGAUAUUAUAAAAAAAAAAAUUUAUGUUUCUAUAUUGUAAUAACGUUUAUGUAUAACGAGAUUAUUAUAAUGCAAAAAUAUACGUACUAGUUGUCCGGUU